UCAAACUGGAUUUAACGGAGGCAACGAGGGAGAGAGAAAGAGAGAGGCCGUGAUAGCUUACGGCGAGUGACUAGUUGUCUGAAUUUUUUUUUUUUUAGAAUGAGAUCCUUUCUUGAGCUAGUCGAGGACUGCGACAGCUUUCCCUACAGCUACCCCAACGCAGCAGCUUACCGCGACAUUGUCUCUCCACUUUACCACCUUAAAGUCGCUAGCUAUGAUCAUACUCUAGGCUAUGUGCCGAAAUUUGUUGCGGAAGCAUUUGAGUCGUUCAGCGCUUGGAACCUUAACCAUGAUGCUCAAACAUUGACGCUAAUUUCUGGUUCCAACGAGAACGAGCGAAGCGCUGUUGUUGCGCAGACCUGUCAGGAGCUCCGCAAUCAGGACAAAUUCACAGUAUUGAGGGGAUGGCGUAAUGAACUUUAUCCUGUUUAUGGACCUGGUGGGGUUCUCUUGUUUAAUAUCGAACGGGCUGCUAGUGCCCUGCUCGGCGUUGUCAGCUAUGGCAUUCAUAUGACAGCGUAUAUUCGCUCCUCCAGCGGAUUGCUAUUAUGGGUUCCGCGACGGGCAUUAAGUAAGCAAACAUAUGGCGGAAUGCUAGACAACACGGUCGCCGGCGGCAUAAGUACCGGUGAGGAGCCGUUUGAGACUCUGAUCCGGGAAGCGCAAGAGGAGGCAUCGUUGCCCGAAGCUUUGGUUCGACAAAAGGCCAAGGCUUGUGGCACUAUUACUUAUUUUCACAUUCGGGAUGAGAGAGCUGGCGGAGAGACCGGGCUGCUGCAGCCGGAGGUUCAAUACGUGUACGACCUAGAGCUGGAGGAGGGCGUCCAACCAUCGCCCUCUGACAACGAAGUGGAAACUUUCCAUUUGUGGGACCUUGCCAAAGUGCAACAUGCCCUCCAUGAUGGUCAAUUUAAGCCAAAUUGUGCUUUGGUUCUUUUGGAUUUUCUCAUUCGCCAUGGCAUUCUAGAUGCUAAGAAUGAGAAAGACUAUAUCCAGAUCAUUGCACGAAUCCACAGACGACUGGAAUUUCCAACAAUCUAAUAUGCAACAUACUCCAAACGCCGGCAGCUUUUGGUUCUUCUGAAUAUCCUGCAGCAAACUAGCUGUGCGCUGUCAACGACCGGAAACCCGCCAUCUUCCAAUUUUGGGGCAUCUUUCCGACUCCUCUUGUCGGUGCGGGGCGAGUAGACCGUUUGGAAUUUUGUUGCUCCGCCCCGCUGAUAUCUCCAUCAAAUUUUAGCUCGCGCUCAUUUCUUCAGAAGCAGAUAGAUAUAGUCGAUGCGGAGUGGUGUAAGCUUCUUGUAAGGCCCCUCCAUAUAAAGCAAUAGACCUCCGAAUGAUACAAAAACC